CUAAGGUUGCAUUUUCGCAUCGCAUCCAUAGCCUAUAUUGCCAACAUGAACUUUUUCACUGCUCUCCAACUCUUUACCUUAUUUACUCCAGCAUUUGCAUUCCCUCACCUGAGUCCUAAAGGCGUUGAGGCCAUACAAGCCCGCCAAAACUGGGAGCCGAGACCAUGGAGAGCGCCAAGUGCCAACGAUGCUCGUGGCCCUUGCCCUGGCCUGAACACUCUCGCUAACCAUGGUUACCUCCCAUCAAGCGGACGUGAGAUAACCCUCGAGAUCCUGAGUAACGCUAUGCUCGAGGGCUAUAACAUCGCAAAAAGCGACGCCGUGUUGCUCUUCACGCAAGCCGUGCGCACCAACCCCAAGCCGCUGGCCCGAACUUUCGACCUCGAUACACUCGGUCGCGAGGGCGUGUUGGAGCAUGACUUCAGUCUCAGUCGCUCCGACCGCUUCUUCGCUGACCCACUCCCAUUCAACGAGACCAUCUGGGCCGAAACAGCUUCGUUCUUCACGACGCCUGAGAUCACGAUCAAGCAACUAGCCGAUGCACGCAUGGCGCGAUUAGCGACUUCCGAGCGCACGAACCCGGAACACAAGACCUCGCUGUUGGCGGAUGGAUUUAGCUGGGGUGAAUGUGCGUCGUUUUUCGAGAUCAUGGCUGACGGGACGACGGGAACUGUCAGAAAAGAUUUUAUUGAGUAUUGGUUCCGGAAUGAGCGCAUGCCGACCGAGCUUGGGUGGACUCGACGUCCAACGAUUAUGGAAAGUGCAGAGCGGGUGAAGUUUUCGCGCAUGUUGAAGGAAGCUGCUGGCGUGGGUGGAGGGUUCACGGAUCCCUUUGGUUCGAAUUAG